AUGGCUGCCAGGUUCAUCAAAAUUUACGAUUCGUUGCCAUCAGAGUCGCAGAGAAUACUCGUCGAAGCAAAUCUCAAGUUCAUUCUCGACUCUGCACCGAAGCGAAAGGCCAGACGACUCGUGUGCUAUGCCUCGAGGUUUCGGAAACGGCACUCCUUGAUUCCACUUCUGGAUCUGCAGGGCAAGAAGAAAGAGAUCAACGGCCUACUAGCCGACCUUGCACGCGAUGCGAAGUGUUCCUUCGUGAAAGACAGGUCGAACCGCGACGAGCUUCUCACCGAAAUCAUCGACACCAUUUCCGUGUGGCUCUCCACGAUAUGGAUCGUCAUCUACGAGCACCAUGUCCAUUUUCGCCAGGCUCAUCAGUGCUUGUUGUUCAUCGCUGGCGUGUUGGGCAGGCUCGACGAUGGGACUAGGGUUGGAGGAUGUCAGUGUUCCAUUACGACAUACGAAGUCGAUAUAUGCGUCAAACGGACGAACGGCAAAACAGUGAAACACUUUUUGUUCUAUGGACCACACAACAUCAACUCUGUACUGCUAUGGAUGUGGAGAGAGUUGUUUGUGUGCCUCUCUGCUUCCGGCGGGCACCAAGCCAGAAAACAGCUACCCGAGAUGCUGUUGGAUAUCGAAGAAGAGAUGGGGUGGAAGUCAUUGGUGCGGCUACUCCAAGGAGGCAGAAAUGGUACGUUGAGCUAUGCUAUCAAAUUAGUUCAGUUUCGACGCGUUGCACCCUUAGAAGAUGAAGAUGACGAAGAAGACUGGGAAGACUACAACAGUGAUGAUGAUGAUAAAUCAGACUAUGAGUCCAACACCGACAACGUCCAGUGCCCUUGUCAUCUCCAUGCCAACCACUGGUCACAUGCAAUCAACCGACAUCGACUGCAUCUGCGAGGAUUCGUCCAACGGCGCCUUCAUAGCAUAUUUGAGACGGCGCCAUCACGAGAUCUAUACAUCGCCCUCAAAGCACUAGGCGCUGACACCCCAGUCGAGACGCACAAAAACCUAUUUGACAUUCUGUCUCAAAUCGCGGAGUACAGCUCUGACAACUUGGCCGCGGCCCUAGAUGUUUACGCAGCCGAGAACGAUACGCUGGCAAUUCUCAAUCUCCUGGAUUCCCAUUCGUCGCUCCUCCGCCCACGCGACGCUCCAGUCCUCCAGGUUGCCCUCCUCGUGCUCUCUGAAUCCCCUCUGUUUCGGACGCGCACCUUCCAAAUAAUUGAAAAAGAAAUGACAGACUUGGUGUACGCAGUCCGUUCUGCCAUCCGCCCAAAUUUCUGCUGCAUCGAAGAUUCUGUACACAGGGAUGAACUCCAGCGGAUCCUCAAGCUGCCGUCUUCUUCGCAACAGCGGAGCGACCGAAUCGAACAAUGGGUAGACGAUGUUGUCACGCCGUCCUCCGCGCCCCUCCACGCUGUCGCGUUCGCAGCCAUGAUGAUGGGCAUCCCCGCGCCUGGGAUCGAAGAGGGUGACGAUCCAGAUUUCUUGGGUCACCUAGACCUAGAUCCGUCCGACCCUGAUUUGGAAGAUCUCCGGGAGGAACUGAGGCCACCGCUAGGGGAGCGAUUCGAUGGCUGGGUCGAGGUCACUAACGCGAUCAGGGGUGGAGCGCCCAUCUUGACCAAGGUCUAUGCGAAAGCGACGGAACUCAUGCCUUUUCUGCGCGCGCAUGAUGUCGGCGAGGCUAUGCAGACAAGGAUCUCGGAUCGACCGAGUAAGAGGCAUGUGAGCGAUGCCCUGAACACGCUUUCGUCGUUUGCGAAGAUUCAACGAAGGAAGAUGGCUUUGAGGGCUGACAAGAAACGACAAAAGCAGCAGCAACAGCAACAUCUACAACAACCGGCUUCUUCAACGCAGUCUUUCCGAAUCGGCGCUGGCGGAUUUGCAUUUAACUUUUCAUCGAGCCCUACUCCACCUCCUGGCCAUGCAUCUUUUGGCGGUAUUGAUGAUGUUGAUUAA